UCAGAAUCGUUCAUUCAGUUAUCAAGCCUUGGCGUGUAAACACGUAAUUUUGUAGCUUAUAAAUCAUACAAAGUACACUGAUACGUUUUAAAAUAAAUUCUUGGGUCUUUGUGUAGUGAUAUAGUGGUGUUGUGUAUUGUGACUUAAGGAUUGUUUCGACUUAAAUAUUUAAAUAAAAUGCCUACCCAAGCGCGUUGCGACCGUGUGCCGCCAGCUGAUGGUGUUUGGGGACCAGUUGAUUUGAGGGUACUUCAGGAAGAUGACUUACCAUUAGACCCGCGCACGUGGUGUCGCGCGCACGUGGGCACGUGGGUGUCCCGCCGCGGUGGGCUGCCCGAGCGCUUCCCCAUGAAUGGGAAAGCGCUCUGCCUCAUGUCACGCGACAUGUUCGCCGCGAGAGUCCCGCGCGGCGGCGAUGUGCUGCAUCAGGACUUCAGAAGACGCCUAGCCAAAGCGUUAGCGUUACAAGAAUUACUCGAGAAGUUGGGGGCGAAAUAAUUUCAAAGAUUACAAUACACUAAUUAACACAGUUACAUAUCACGUAGUUUAGUAAAAUAAUUAACUUAGAUAAUUAGUAAAAAUUCUAAUUUCGUAAUGUAUUUUUUUUCUCUUGUAAAUUUGAUUUUUUUUAUGUCAUUUCUCAUGAGCGAGUGAGAUGGAAUAGUGCGAGAGCGAGACGGCACGAGGUGGCCAUCUUGAUUUUUUUUCGCUCUGUUUUACUUAACUUUACUUGCAAUGGUAACUUUAGUCAGAAGUUCCUAGACAUACAUUUAUAUUUUUUUAUUUGUCUGUACAUUUAUCUGUUCUAUAAAUUAUAAUUAUUAUUUAAGUAGAAAGACGUAAAAACUUGCUAUCUUAAUUUAACCAACGACAAGAAAGGAGGAGAAUAAUUUUGCAACAGUUUUUUUUUAUAUAUACGAGUAUAUAUACCUCAUGUGGUCACAUUAUAAAUUUGGUCUUAUUGACAAUUGGAAGGCGUUUAAGUUUUUAUUAAAAUAGUUAUUGUAAUUAGAAUUAAUUCAUAAACUAAUUACGCCUUGAAUUACUGACAAGUUUAACAUGAAAUUACAUUUCCCUGUAUGAUAUAAGGAUCUAAUCAGUAUUAGAAACCAAUUUUAGUAGUAAUUGUUAGUUCUACCAAAAA